AUGGGAAACUCACAAGGCACCACUGUGGAUGACCUACAGGCCGUGGAGCUUCACCACUGGUACAAGAAGUUUAUGGUUGAAUGCCCAUCCGGACAGCUGACCCUGCAUGAGUUCAAACAAUUCUUUGGCCUUAAGGGAUUGAACCAAGAAGCUAAUGCCUACAUUGAACAGAUGUUUAAGACUUUUGAUAUGAAUAAGGAUGGGUACAUUGACUUCAUGGAGUAUGUGGCUGCCCUUAGCUUAGUCCUCCGAGGUAAAAUGGAGCAGAAAUUGCGCUGGUAUUUCAAGCUGUAUGAUGUGGAUGGCAAUGGCUGUAUUGACAGACACGAACUGCUUAACAUCAUUAAGGCUAUCCGUGCCAUUAACGGUUGUGAACAGGACAUGUCGGCAGAAGAGUUCACAAACCGUGUCUUUGACAAUAUUGAUAUUAAUGGAGAUGGGGAACUUUCACUUGAAGAGUUUGUUGAAGGAGCCAAGAAAGACAAAGAGUUUUGUGACGUGAUGAUGAAUAGUCUAGACCUCACUCAUAUUGUUACAAUGAUUCAUAAUCGAAGACACAGUGUGUAAAAGGGAGGAAGUGGACAGAAUUUCAGACGAACAUUAAUUAAAACCCAGAAACUAUUUUUCCUUGUGUACAGAUAACACACACACACACA